AUGCAACCACCACUGAAACCGCCACACUGCCGGCAGGAGGAAUGGACCAGACCCAAACCAGAAAUAUGUUUUUAUGGUCCUUACUUGUUCUGUUUUGGAGGGUUUGAGAAACUCCAAGAGUUGAAAGUGGAAAAGCGAGUGAAGCUGGGACUUCCUCCAUUGUUGGAGAACAGUAUUCAGGUGACACGAACUCUGCGAGCCACCUCUCCACCAGCAACAGCCAUGGACAUCCUAGAGCAGCAACAGAAGCGAGGUCGCAAGGGUCGGAGGAUUCUGGUGAAGCAGGACAGCCUGGAUAUCUACUGUGAGAGAGAUGAGGCUCGGGAGGAGGAGGAGGAAGCAGAUGAUGGUGACGGUGCGAUUGAGGGAGAAUUGGAUGCACUGGAGAGGGAGGCACUCAUUCAGGACCUCCCCUCCCCUGGACUGGUGCCAGAGAGACUCUUCUUCCCACGGUGCCUGCCCUGGGCCACUAAAGUCAGAGAGAAGGACAUCGAAGAUUUUCUGGAAGUCAGUCGGUGCAAAUUCAUUGGAUUCACAUUGGGAAAUGACACUGAAACCCUGGUGGGUUUGCCCAAGCCCAUCCACAAUAGUGUGAAAAUACUGAAACAGCACAAGUAUGUUUCCAUCUCAGAAGUACAAGCCAAGAGGGAGGAAGAACUGCAGAAAUGUCCAGUGUCACUGGGAGCUGAGGUGGUGGAGCAGAGCCCAGUUGAGAUCCUGUAUCAGGCAAUGUUACACAACCUACCUCAGUAUAUGAUAGCCCUGCUGAAGAUCCAGCUGGCUGCUGCUCCCACAUCCAAGGCAAAGACUGACUCCAUCAAUAUCUUGGCUGAUCUUCUGCCUGAGGAGAUGCCCAAUACAGUGUUACAAAGCAUGAAGUUGGGGAUUGAUGUCAACAGACAUAAGGAAAUCAUUGUUAAAGCGAUUUCGGCACUCAUGCUGCUGUUACUCAAGCAUCUCAAACUCAAUCAUAUCUACCAGUUUGAGUAUGUUUCCCAGCACUUGGUAUUUGCCAACUGCAUCCCACUGAUUCUGAAGUUCUUCAAUCAGAGCAUCAUGUCGUACGUCACUGCCAAGAACAGUAUCUCUGUCCUAGACUACCCUCACUGCGUGAUCCAUGAGUUGCCAGAACUCACCACUGAAGUUCUGGAAGCUGGUGACCACACUCAGUUCUGCUGGAGGAAUCUUUUCUCCUGUAUCAACCUGCUGCGUAUCCUAAACAAGCUGACCAAAUGGAAACACUCGCGUAUCAUGAUGCUUGUAGUUUUCAAAUCAGCACCAAUUUUGAAGCGGGUGCUCAGGACGAAACAGGCAAUGCUGCAGCUCUAUGCACUGAAACUGCUCAAAUUCCAAACCAAGUACCUGGGCCGUCAGUGGAGGAAGAGCAACAUGAAGAUCAUGUCAGCCAUCUACCACAAAGUGCGGCACCGCCUCAAUGAUGACUGGGCAUACGGCAAUGAUAUUGAUGCUCGACCCUGGGACUUCCAGGCAGAGGAAUGUGCACUGAGAAUCAAUAUUGAGAUGUUCAACAACCGGCGCUAUAGUUUGCACCACAAUGACCUGGAAUUUGCUCCUGUGGACAACUGCCUUCAGAGUGUCCUGGGCCAUCAUGUCUCACUGCCGGAGGAUUUCCACUACAGCUAUGAACUCUGGUUGGAGAGGGAAGUUUUUGCCCAGCCCAUCCGCUGGGAGGAUCUUCUACAGCCUCUAGCUUAAUAAGAACAGCUCAUUUCCUAAGGAGAUGCAUCUAUGAUGGCCUGUCUUCAAAAGACUUCUUUCAAUGAAAAAUCCAUCUCAGCAGUCAAUUGGUGUUUGGUUUUUAACUUCAUUGCAUGGGAGAAGUGAUUUUACAGCUUCAAUUAUCCCCCAACGUCCCCAUCAGGCCCUGCGUAUUGCCACCCAAGAGCCUGGUGUGACUGAGUAAAUGCCCAUAUCUUGGGCUGGGGUUGAACUCUUAUGUCCAACUGGACCAGGGGAUAGGGCAUCAUUCAGAGGAGACCCUCUUUCAACCCACUUGACUUGACAGAUUGAGUACUGAGUGGAUCUUGAUGUGUGUUUUUACUGUUGAAGGCUUGAGUUUGCACAGAAGAGGAACUGGGUUCACAUUCACUGAUACACUUGAUGUGGAGGGGUCAGAACAAUGUUGCACCACCGUCCGACCCACUCCCCCAUUCCCAACCAAUUAUAUUAAUGGUGUUUAUUUCAAGGUGAUUUACAAUCAACAUGCACCGUGGCCUGGCAAGGAGCUAACACAGUGCAUUGGACGAUAGUUGUGCUUAAAGCUCUGUGGAUCAGAGGCUUGGAUGAGUUUAAUGCAGAGCUUUGUGCUCUUGUCUUCUUGAGGGGUCUGCUGCUGCUCAUUAAAACUGUGCCACCCAGCAGUGCUGGCCAUGAUGGGUCAGAGGGGAUGAUGGAAAUGUGAGAGACAGUAAAGUUCCUGAUGCUGAAAUACUUUUAGAUGAUGCCUGGGAACCUUAGCUGGGCAGUGGUAAUGGUCUCCUAUGAAUGAGUAAGUUUUUUUGAGUUUCCCUGUUUUAUUUAAAUACAUAACCAGUCUGGCCCAUAACCUGUUAAUGUGGUAUUGUUUGUGUCCAGGGCCCUGGCAGAAUUGUGACUUUUGCAGCUUAGCUGAAGCAGUGUGUUAACUAACAACCUGGAAUGAUCUUCAAGGCUUUGGUUCAAUGUCCCAUCCAAAGGAUUGCUGCUCUGCCUCAGUACUGCACUAAUGGCUGCCGAGAUUGUGUUGAAGUCCCUGGUUGGGACUUGAACCCAUAGCCUUCUAGCAAGGGUGGUACCUCUGAGCCAAGGCUGACACUAUUGCACCAACCAGUUAGCUUGAGGCAGGCGAUGACUCUGUCAACUUUUUAUUUCACAUCGAGCAAUGUAAUUAUUCAGCAAUAAGUCUGUUUAAACAGCAAACAGUCUGCAGAAUCUACUUCAAUCGAGUCUGUAAAAUCUGGAAGAAACAAAAUUCAUAAUUGAAACUGCAGUGUAAAAUCAUGGAACAUUUGCAGCCGUUGUAUCUGCAACAACCAAAAAUUAAUCAACCAACCUAAUCUGAUUUUCCAGCUCUUCCAGUUAAUGGCACUUGAAGUGCAUGUCAAGCUGCUCUUUUUAAUUAAGAGUUUCUGUCUCCACUACCCUUUCGGGUCAUGAGUUCCAGACUCCUAACAUCAUCUGGGAGAAAAAUGGUUCCAUAUCUUGCCUCUAAUCUUCAAAUAACAGCAAAGUAUUACAAAUGCUGGGGACAUGAAAUAAAAACAGAGGAACCUCAAUUAUCCGAAUACCAAUUAUCCGAAAAUUGGAUUAUCCAAAG